CGCUGGGCGCGGCGCCGCCGGGUCCUCGGUCCCCGCGGCCCAGCCAGGUGCGCGCGGCCGCCCGCCCUCCCCAGGGGGCCCCGGUCUGACCGCUCGCCGGGAGCCGACGGAGGCCAGGCACCAGGCGCCGGGCACCAUGCCGCGCAGCCCCACGUCCAGCGAGGACGAGAUGGCCCAGAGCGUGUCCGACUACUCCCUGGGCUCCGAGUCGGACAGCUCCAAGGAGGAGACCAUCUACGACACCAUCCGGGCCACGGCGGGGAAGCCGGGCGGCGCCCGGACGGAGGAGGGCCAGGGCCACACGCUGGUCAUCCGCAUCCUCAUCCAGGACCUGCAGCAGACGAAGUGCCUUCGCUUCAACCCCGACGCCACGGUGUGGGUGGCGAAGCAGCGGAUCCUGUGCUCGCUGAACCAGAGCCUGAAGGAUGUGCUGAAUUACGGGCUGUUCCAGCCGGCCAGCAACGGGCGCGACGGCAAGUUCCUGGACGAGGAGCGGCUCCUGCGCGAGUACCCGCAGCCCGCGGGCACGGGCGUGCCUUCCCUGGAGUUCCGGUACAAGAAGCGGGUGUACAAACAGUCCCAUCUGGACGAGAAGCAGCUGGCCAAGCUUCACACCAAGACCAACCUGCGGAAAUGCAUGGACUACGUUCAGCAUCGCUCGGUGGAGAAGAUCGUGAAGAUGCUGGACCGGGGCCUGGACCCGAAUUUCCACGACCUGGAGACUGGGGAGACGCCCCUGACCUUGGCGGCCCAGCUGGACGACUCGGUGGAGGUGAUCAAAGCGCUGAGGAACGGCGGGGCGCACCUGGACUUCCGCGCCAGGGACGGGAUGACGGCCCUGCACAAGGCCGCCCGUGCCAGGAACCAGGUGGCCCUCAAGACCCUCUUAGAGCUGGGUGCGUCCCCGGACUACAAGGACAGCUGCGGCCUCACGCCGCUGUACCACACGGCCAUCGUGGGCGGCGACCCCUACUGCUGCGAGCUGCUGCUGCACGAGCGGGCGGCCGUGUGCUGCCGGGACGAGAACGGCUGGCACGAGAUCCACCAGGCCUGCAGGUAUGGACACGUGCAGCACCUGGAGCACCUGCUCUUCUACGGGGCGGACAUGGGGGCUCAGAACGCCUCGGGGAACACAGCCCUGCACAUCUGUGCCCUCUACAACCAGGACAGCUGUGCGCGGGUGCUGCUGUUCCGGGGCGGGGACAAGGAGCUGAAGAACUACAACAGCCAGACCCCCUUCCAGGUGGCGAUCAUCGCGGGCAACUUCGAGCUGGCGGAGUACAUCAGGAGCCACAAGGAGACGGACGUGGUGCCCUUCCGAGAGGCCCCGGCCUACACCAACCGCAGGCGCCGGGCCCCCAGCACGCUGGCCGCCCCCCGCGUCCUGCUGCGCUCCAACAGCGACAACAACCUCCACGCCAACGCGCCCGACUGGGCCGCCGGCCCCGCCUCGCACCGCAGCCUCUCGCCGCAGCUGCUGCAGCCCGCGCCCGGCCAGGCCGACGGGGGCCCGCGGACUGUGGGCGGCUACGUGCCCGGGCCCCGCAGCCGCUCGCCGUCACUCAACCGGCUCGGCGGCGCCAGCGAGGAUGGCAAGAGGCCCCUGCAGCCGUGGCACGUGGGGCCGGCCUUCCCGCCCGGAGCCAACAAGGACGCGCCCUCCGCCUUCCCGUACCCGGGGCCCAAGCGGAAGCUGUACAGCGCGGUGCCCGGGAGGCUCUUCGUCGUCGUCAAGCCAUACCAACCCCAGGUCGACGGCGAGAUCCCCCUCCACCGUGGGGACAGGGUCAAAGUCCUGAGCAUCGGCGAAGGGGGCUUCUGGGAAGGCAGCGCCCGCGGCCACAUCGGAUGGUUCCCGGCCGAGUGCGUGGAGGAGGUGCAGGGCAGGCCCCGGGACAGCCAGGCAGACACGCGUGCGGACCGCGGCAAGAAGCUCUUCCGGCACUAUACGGUGGGCUCCUACGACAGCUUCGACGCCUGCAGCGACUGCACCAUCGAGGAGAAGGCGGUGGUCCUGCAGAAGAAGGACAAUGAGGGCUUCGGCUUCGUCCUGCGCGGGGCGAAAGCGGAUACGCCCAUUGAGGAGUUCACGCCGACGCCGGCGUUCCCGGCCCUGCAGUACCUGGAGUCCGUGGACGAAGGCGGGGUGGCCUGGCAGGCCGGACUGAGGACGGGGGACUUCCUGAUCGAGGUGAACAGCGAGAACGUGGUGAAGGUCGGGCACCGGCAGGUGGUGAACAUGAUCCGCCAGGGAGGGAACCACCUGGUCCUCAAGGUGGUCACGGUCACCAGGAGCCUCGACCCCGACGACACCGCCAGGAAGAAAGCACCCCCGCCUCCCAAGCGUGCUCCGACCACGGCCCUCACGCUGCGCUCCAAGUCCAUGACCUCGGAGCUGGAGGAGCUCGUGGAUAAAGCCUCGGUCCGGAAGAAGAAGGAUAAGCCCGAGGAGAUCGUGCCCGCCGCCAAGCCCUCCCGCGCCGUGGACAGCGUGGCCGUGGAGUCCCGCGUGGCCACCAUCAAGCAGCGGCCCUCCAGCCGGUGCUUCCCAUCCGUCUCCGACGUGAACUCCGUGUACGAACGCCAGGGCAUCGCCGUGAUGACGCCCACCGUGCCCGGGAGCCCGAAGGGCCCGUUCCUGGGCCUCCCUCGAGGUACGAUGCGAAGGCAGAAGUCAAUAGACAGCAGACUGUUUCUGUCAGGAAUAACGGAGGAGGAGCGGCAGUUCCUGGCUCCUCCGAUGCUGAAGUUCACCAGGAGCCUGUCCAUGCCGGACACGUCCGAGGACAUCCCCCCGCCCCCGCAGUCCGUGCCCCCAUCCCCACCGCCCCCCUCCCCCACCACCUACAACUGCCCCAAGUCCCCGACGCCCAGGGUCUAUGGCACCAUCAAGCCCGCCUUCAACCAGAACCCCGCGGCCAAGGUGCCGCCGGCCACGCGCUCGGACACGGUGGCCGCCGUGAUGCGGGAGAAGGGGCUGUUCUACCGCCGGGAGCUGGACCGCUACUCGCUGGACUCUGACGACCUCUAUGGCCGCACCCCCGCCGCCCCGGCCAGCGCCCGCGGCCGGCGGGGACAGAUGCCUGAGAACCCGUACUCGGAGGUGGGCAGGAUCGCCAGCAAGGCGGUGUACGUGCCGGCCAAGCCCGCGCGGCGCAAGGGCACGCUGGUGAAGCAGUCCAACGUGGAGGACAGCCCCGAGAAGACCUGCUCCAUCCCCAUCCCCACCAUCAUCGUCAAGGAGCCCUCCACCAGCAGCAGCGGCAAGAGCAGCCAGGGCAGCAGCGUGGAGACCGACCCCCAGGUCCCCGAGCCACCGGGCCAGCUGCGGCCGGACGACGGCCUGGCCGUCAGCAGCCCCUUCGCCGCUGCCAUCGCCGGGGCCGUGCGGGACCGGGAGAAGCGGCUGGAAGCCAGGAGGAACUCGCCCGCCUUCCUGUCCACGGACCUGGGGGACGAGGACGUGGGUCUGGGGCCACCCGCUCCCCGGGUGCAGCCCCCCACAUUCCCCGAGGGUAGUUUCGGCGAAGAGGAGGGCGCCGAGCAGCUGGUGUUGCCCACCACGCCAGGGGCGGCGCCCAGGGAGCCCGAGAGCCAUUUGGUGGGUGGCGGUGAGGCCAGAGCUCAGGGUGAGGCCGGGAGGCCGCCGAACACGUCCAAAGCCAAGGGUCCCGAGGGCAGCCCCGUGGGGCCCCCCAAGGGCAGCGGUGCCGCGAGCCCCGAUAACUACGUGCACCCGCUCACGGGGAGGCUGCUGGACCCCAGCUCCCCGCUGGCCCUGGCACUUUCCGCGAGGGACCGAGCCAUGAAGGAGGCCCAGCAGGGCCCCAAGGGGGAGGCCCCCAAGGCCGACCUCAACAAACCUCUCUAUAUCGAUACCAAAAUGCGGCCCAGCAUGGAGGCCGGCCUCCCCACGGCCACCAGGCAGGGCGCGCGCGGGCCCCUGCGGCGGCAGGAGACCGAGAACAAGUACGAGAGUGGCCUGGGCAGGGACCUCAAGGGCGAGGACCGGAAGAACAUGCUGAUCGACAUCAUGGACACGUCCCAGCAGAAGUCGGCCGGCCUGCUCAUGGUCCACACGGUGGACGCUGCCACGCCUGGCGGCUGCCUGGAGGAGGAGGAUGAGAACGCCGACGCAGAAGCCACGCCGGGCCACGCGCUGCCUGCGGUGCCAGAAGGUGUUCCCGAAACCGAAGGUGCUUUACAGAUCGCCGCCGGCCCCGAGCCCGCGGCCACCACGCCCGGCAGGACCAUGGUGGCGGCGGGCUCCCUGGAGGAGGCGGUGAUCUUGCCAUUCCGCAUCCCUCCCCCGCCGCUGGCGUCCGUGGACCUGGACGAGGACUUUGCUUUCACAGAGCCAUUGCCACCCCCCCUGGAGUUUGCCAAUAGUUUUGACAUCCCCGACGACCGCAUCGCUUCUGUCCCCGCCCUCACGGGCUUGGCCCAGCAGGACAGAAACGACGCCUCCCCGUCCCCUGCGUCGAACCCCAGCCAACCCACCAGCUCUGCCGACGGCAAGACGCUGGCCGGCCUCCCCAACUGCCUGCCGGCCCCGCUCCUGCCGCCCCCUGAGAGCUUUGACACAGUCACGGACUCGGGCAUCGAGGAGGCCGACAGCCGCAGCGGCAGCGACCACCCCCUCGAGACCACCAGCACCGUCUCCACCGUGUCCAGCAUCUCCACGCUGUCCUCCGAGGGUGGCGAGAGCGUGGACACCUGCACGGUCUACGCGGACGGGCAGGCGUUUGUGCUGGACAAGCCCCCCGUCCCUCCCAAGCCCAAAGUGAAGCCCGUUGCCCACAAAAGCAACGUGCUUUACCAGGACACGCUAGCGGAAGAGGACACGGACGGCUUCAUUCCCCCGCCUGCACCCCCACCCCCACCCGGCGGGGUCCAGCCCGGGGCCGUGAAGGGGAUCCAGCCAAGGACCUCCAAGUUGUGGGGUGACGUCUCGGAGGUCAGAAGCCCCAUCCUCUCCGGCCCGAAGGCGAACGUGAUCAGCGAGUUGAACUCAAUCCUGCAGCAAAUGAACCGAGAGAAACUGGCCAAGCCGGGCGAAGGCAUGGACGCGCCCACAGGGACCAAGCCGGCCGGCCUCGCUCCCAGAAGCCCAGAGGUCGUGAGCACCGUCUCAGGGACACGGAGCACGACCGUCACCUUCACCGUCCGCCCCGGGACCUCGCAGCCCAUCACCCUGCAGAGCCGGCCCCCGGACUACGACAGCAGGACCUCAGGAACCAGACGUGCCCCCAGCCCCGUGGUCUCACCCACGGAGAUGAGCAGAGACAUCCUGCCCGCCCCGCUCCCCGCCGCCGCCGCGUCCCCGUCCCCCACCCUCUCCGAGGUCUUCAGCCUCCCGAGCCAGCCCCCGGCCGGGGACCUGUUCGGCCUGAGCCCCGCGGGGCGCAGCCGGUCGCCGUCCCCCUCCGUCCUGCCGCCGCCCCUGUCCAGCAAGCCUUUCGCCACGAAGCCCGUGCACCUGUGGACGAAGCCCGACGUGGGCGACUGGCUGGAGAGCCUGAACCUGGGCGAGCACAAGGAGACCUUCCUGGACAACGAGAUCGACGGCAGCCACCUGCCCAACCUGCAGAAGGAGGACCUCAUCGACCUGGGCGUGACGCGGGUCGGGCACCGCAUGAACAUCGAGAGGGCCCUGAAGCAGCUGCUGGGCAGAUGAGGGCGGCUGCGCGGCCCCACGGACUCCGCGAGAAGUAGAGAUGGGCUCCCGCGGGGGCGGGGUCUGCACGGCCGUGGGGCCUGGGCGCCCCUCUCCCCGGGCUUGUCUCCCGGCACCCAAAGAAAUGCGGGCGUGGCCGAGCGCAGGUGGGGCUCCCGGCUCUCGGCGGGUUUCCUGGGCUGUGUCUGCCCAGCAAGGAGCACGGGAGGGAGUUUUCUAACCCGGAGGGAGACCUCGGCUGCCUCCCGCCCGGCGCGCGGGCGGCCUCACUGCAGGGCCGAGCGUGGCCGUGGUCCACGGGCCUGGCUCUCGCCGGCCGACCCCCUGGGCUGCAGAUACCUCCCGAGCCGCCCUCCCCGGCGCUGCGGCCGUGCUCGCUCCUCUCGCCUGUGCUCUGCUCGCCGCGAGGUGGCCAGACGAGCCUGGGGGCCCGCGUGGGCGGGAGGUAGCGAAGCCUCUUCCAGCCGCCUCCCGCCUCCCGGGACGCGGGCCGGCUCCUUGGCCCAGAGGGCCUGGCAGCUGCGGGGUGAACGGGAUCGUGCGGCUUUGCUUAGCUUCCUUUCUUUCUUUCUGCAAAUCGACUCGCAUGAUUCCCAAGUGGCCAGCCACGCCACGCGGAGCGAGUCAAAGCACAAGGUCACGAUCCCGAGGAGGAGGGGCCUGGGCGGGAGCCGGCGGCUCCCGGGACCGGCCUGGGAGGAGGGCUGCUCUGCACUCAGGGUUUUUAACUGAGUGUGGGAUUCCGCCCGGAGCAGAGCAGGCGAGCCACCGCCCCCCCGCCCCCCCCCCCCACGUGAACAAGAUACGAGGUGAAUGCCGGCAGCGUGCUGGGCCGCGGAGCGCCCUCCGUCCUGAGCCGCCCUUUCGCUCUCUGCGGCCCGAGCGGGUGGCACUUGGGCCUCCCCCCUUCUCUCUGCGUGUCCAGGACCCCACCAGCUUGUCUUAAUCGUCCCACAGUGUUUGGAGAACCCAGAGGGUAUGGCAGGGCCCAGGGGAGACAGGGUGGGUGUGAAGCAGAUAAAUGGGGUGAAGCAGCCUCCCUGGGCCCCGCCCCCUCUCCUCCUGGAGCCCCCCCCCCCCCAUAACAAUACCUCUAUUUGCCAAGGGAGGUCACCAGUCAGGCUUCCAGCACAUUCUCUACGUUCGGAUGAAACUCGAGAUCAGGUUUGGGGCUUUUGUUACGAUUUCAGAACUAGCCCAGCUCAUCUCUAAUUAUAAAAACACGAUUUUUCCUUUUUUUCUUUACGCUCACAACCAAGCGUCUCAGUAGAUCUGGAACAGCUGUAGGACGAACACGUAACAAACAUUUAGCGGUUUAAAUUCUCUCUCUACUGCAAGUUUAACUAGUUGUACAGAUAGUUUAUAAGCACAAUAUUUUAAGGAAACAAAUGUGGCUGGCCUCCCUCCCGGGCAGCCUUUGUGCUACUUCCGUGCUCGAAGGUUAAAGAACAACUUUUGUGGUUUAAUGACACUUUCUGUGGCAUCGUUGCCCAGGGACGACCUUUUUAAAUCGAGCUUAUUUGGAUGCGUCGGAACCAGCUGAGCUGUGUUACGUUUUCUAUCUUUGCUAGAACUUCGUCAUCAAAGGACAAUUAUUUCUUCAAAAGUGGUUACAGUUCACGAUGCGGCAGUUUCUCCACACGCACGCGCGCGUUUCCAGCCACAGGCACUGAGCGGGGAGCCGGGUUCGGGCCUCCUGCAGGUCCGCCCCCGCCCCAGCCCGAGUCGGUGAGCAUCAAGGCGCUUCACGUCCACGUACUUUCCGUUUUUCCACCCGGAGGGAUUCCGGGCCCAGACACGCGGGUGGCCGGCGAGGCUGCCGCGGUCGGGAAGCAUAGCGACUGGUUUGGCCAUCCCCCGUCUUCCACCCGGUGACGCCACCACGUCCCAUCAGCUCACACCUUCCUUUGCCCACGUUUGCGACGCCUCUGUGCUCGGCAGGGCGGGAGGACAGGUCCCACUCGGUGGCUGUGGGUCACGGGACGUGGGUAGCGUCAGUGAGAGCUGGCCGUGCCCCCCCCCCCCCCAGAAGCCCGCGGACUGAGGCUGAGAGCCGAGGGAACCACUUAUGCCGCCCUGUCUCGUUCUAGCCGAGUGACAGGCCCCGCCGGGACCUGCGCUGACCCACAAGGGCCCUUCUUGCCAAAAUGAACCCACCUCUCGCCCCACUCAGUGAUUUUGCUCCAGCAAUAGCCCCUCGCCCGCAUCGCCGCCCACGGUCCUCCCGGACACGCAGGGCCAGGCCCUGCUCCACGCCCCGCCCUCCACGGCGGCGCCCACGUCAAACUGCUCACAGGAUCAUGUGGACACUAUCCCAGGUUUUAAGAUCAACUUUUGUUAUAUACUGUAAUUUAAAUAAAAUGCAUUCACAUGCCUAGUUUCUGUAACCUUGUGUACACAGAACCAAAACCUCUCGAGAUGUACAUUUUGUAUCCCUGCCAGGCCCCUCCCCAGGGCACCCGCACACUUUACGUUGAUUCAUAUACUACAAAGAUGACUCGGUGUGACUUGAUUUGCCGAACUCUACAUAUCACAACGCGAAUCACUUGUGGUACUUUCGUUAAUAAAAUGGUGAUUUUUUUCCCAAGUUUCUGAACAAGCAUUGCCAGGUGAGCUGGCGAGGACACUUUUUGUGGGGGCCACAAAUACUGAUCUUUUUUUCCCAUUAACCAAUUUUUUUUUGUUUUUUAGAGACGAAUCUGUUUCACACUACACUUUGUAUAAUGUGUUCACAUUACCUAUGUUACUGUUAACUUUUGUGCUUUUAUUCUUUUUAGACUUUAUUAAAAACAAAACAAACAAAAAAGCAAGCUCCUGUCAUUUGCACUCUCUCCCAAUCCUUCCAUCUCUUGUAUGGCAACCAAAUGACUGUAAAAAUAAAUAUACUGUUGCACUAAGGCCGUGCUUCUGAUU